GCACAAAUAAAUAAAUAUUGAGUCCAGCAGCUAGGGACCGCGGCUUCCCGUUUAUCGCUGCGUUUCAUCAUCCUAGUUCAGCAAUUGUCCAAACCUGGACAUAGCCACGGGGUGAAGGAAAAGAAAGGCGAGCGUUUUUUUUAGAGAUGAGGAGAACAACGCAAGCCGUUUGGAUGUUAGGGUGACUCCACAUCGAGCGGUGGUUUGUCAGGAAGAUUAAUCCUUGAUCUGGAGGAGGAGAGAAGGACGACUGGUCGAGCCGAGCAUCAUCGUGACAGCCUCUUCCAAUACAACGCUCAAAGAACGAGGAACAUAUUUUAAGACUUCAUAAAAAUCGUCUUCUAUAACCUUAAUGCUCAUCGUUUACUCUUUAUAAAUACCUGUUUGCGUUAUAAAUCGUCAUUACGCAUCUUUUAUAUGCUCCCGCAUCCACACGAGGCGAAUACACGGCUCAGGCGUUGACCUGGAAUAUUUAUUAUAGUAAACACAAAGUAUGAUUUAGUAUUGCCUUAAAUAUGCCCGUCGCUCAUCAUCCAUGGUAAAGUCUUUUUCUCAGCUUGGUCUCGAUAACAGUCACAUCAUAUUAAUAUCGGAAACUGUGGCCGAGAAUCCGAUUUAAAGGGCCUCAUUCUUGUGGACGCUUUGGACCAUCUCGACGCGUCUCUUUACACGGGAAUAAGAGCGUUUGAAUCCGCGAGGGACGGAGGAUGUCGGGUCAGACUUUGACGGACCGCAUCGCCGCGGCGCAGUACAGCCUCACGGGAUCCGAGGUGGCUCGUGCGGUGUGUAAAGCGACCACGCAUGAAGUGAUGGCACCUAAAAAAAAACAUCUCGAAUACUUGAUCCAGGCAACCCAGGAGUCCAAUGUCAAUAUUCCCCAGAUGGCUGAUACCCUGUUUGAGAGAGCGGGAAAUGCCAGCUGGAUCGUGGUCUUCAAGGCUUUGGUCGCCACUCACCACCUGAUGGUCCAUGGCAAUGAGAGGUUCAUCCAGUACCUGGCCUCCAGGAACACCCUAUUCAAUCUUAGUAAUUUUUUGGACAAAACUGGCUCUCAUGGUUACGACAUGUCAACAUUUAUCAGACGCUACAGCAGAUAUCUGAACGAGAAAGCGUUUGCCUACAGACAGAUGGCUUUUGACUUUGGCCGAGUGAAGAAAGGUGCUGAUGGUGUGAUGAGAACAAUGUCUACAGACAAGCUCUUGAAAGGCAUGCCCACACUGCAGAGUCAGAUUGAUGCUCUGCUGGAGUUUGAUGUUCAUCCAAAAGAUCUUGUCAAUGGGGUGAUCAACGCUGCCUUCCUGUUGCUUUUCAAGGAUCUGAUCAAGUUGUAUGCCUGCUACAAUGAUGGCAUCAUUAAUCUCUUAGAGAAAUUUUUCCAGAUGAAGAAAGGACAAUGCAAAGAUGCAUUGGAAAUCUAUAAAAGAUUCUUGACACGAAUGACCAGAGUCUCAGAGUUCCUCAAAAUUGCUGAGCAAGUGGGAAUUGACAAAAAUGAUAUUCCUGAACUUACACAGGCUCCUGAGAGUCUUCUGGAAUCUCUGGAGACACAUCUCAACACGCUCGAGGGGAAGAAAGUUGAUGAGUCACCGACUAAGAAGGGAUCUCCAACAAAUAAUGGAACACCUGCUGGUACCCCUGCAAAAACUGCAGAGCCCACGGCGGCAGCAGCUGCGGAUACUGAGGCCGCCGCAGCAGAGCCUGCAAAAGCUGCACCGGCUACAACCACCAUCAAUAGUGGCUUCAAUGAUCUAGUGGAUUUUGAUCUGUUGGCUCCAACCACAGGGGCUUCAGCGGCUCCCACAGCAUCAUGGGGAGAUCUGCUCGGUGAGGACUCUCUGGCCGCUGCUGCUGCUAGCUCAGAAGCGCCCCUUUCUGAGGCUGACUCUGCCUCCGCAGCUCCCUCUGCCGCAGCUUCUGCUACUGAACCAGCAGCUGACACCAUCGCUGCCCCGGCCGCUACCUCGCUGCCAGUGCCUGUCCCUGCUGCCACCAUCUCAGACAUGGAUCUGUUUGGAGAUGCAUUUGCGCCCUCCCCAGGCGAUGGUCCGAGCGAGGGUGUGGCCUCAGCAGCUGCUGCCGAUGCAUGUGCCGGAUCUGACCCCUGGGCUCCAUCGGAGGGUAGUGCAAGCAUUGCCCCAGAGCUGGACCUCUUUGCCAUGAAGCCGGUAGAGAGUGUUGCUUCAGCAGCAUCCCCUACCAGCGCCGAGCCAAGCAUCUCGCCAACAGAGGCUCCGGCUACCCCUUCUCCUCCCAGCACUACUGCCACCACCACCACCACGUCCAUCACCACAUCCGCUACAACUGAGUCCGCAGCCCCGCCAACACUAGACCUCUUUAGUGAUAUGUUUGAUUCUAUGCCUGAGCAAAGUUCCUCUUCCGAGCCCAAAGCAACCACUCCUAGUGUAGACCUAUUUGGUGCAGAUCUUCCCGCUGUCUCACGUGGUCCUUCACCUUUGCCUGAGGCCAGUGUGACUGGUGACCUCUUGUCUGACUCAUUUGUUGCUCCAGCUGCUCCUGUCUCUCCUCCUAAAGCCGAAUCUAGACCUGUGCUGGACCUCCUUGACACGUUUGGUGACACUACUGGGGAAACCCAGUCCACUGCUCCUGGAGCACCAUCAGGUGACCUGCUUGGAGGGUUGAUUUCACCGGUCGCCCCCACAGAGACACCAACCCUAGCACCAGUGCCAUCCUCAGCCCCAGCUGACCUGCUGGAGUCUGCUUUUGAUGCCUUCGGCUCUGAGCUGUUAUCCACCACACCAGCAGCAGCGGACAGCGCCCCUGCCACUGCAGCGCCCUCUGGUGGCUUUGAUGCGUCAGUGUUUGAUGGAUUAGGAGACCUUCUGAUGCCAGCCUUAACGCCUCAGAGCACAGGGGGGACCCCCAUGGGUGCAGUGAGCAUGCCAUUGACACCUGGAGUUGUGCCCACCACUGGGCCGACAAUGGCCCCAACAAUGGCACCCACAGCAGCUGCCCAACCAAUCAAAACUAUUGGAGGAGACUUAGACAUUUCACUCGCCAAUUUGGUUGGAAACUUGGGGGUAGGAAGCCAAAAGAAGGACAACCAGUGGAAUGAGAAGAAGCUAACAGGAGGAGUUAACUGGACCCCUCAGCUGGCCCCUACUAGCUGGGGCACACCUGGCGCUCAGAAGUCUGGCUCUGCCCCUGGAGCCCCCGGAGCUGCCGCCCCACCUGGAGCAAUGGCACCGACCAUGGGAGCACAGCCUGGCUUUGGCAUGGCUCCAGCUGCAGGAGCUCCCAUGAUGCCCCAGCCCGUGAUGAUGGGUCAGUCCAUGAUGAGACCACCAUUUACUGGGCCAGCAGCAACAGGAACACCCGGAGCACCAUUGUCUCCAGGACCAGCUGCUCAGAGCCCCAAAAAACCUCCCACCAAGGACCCCCUUGCAGAUCUCAAUAUCAAGGACUUCUUAUAAUUUCCCAGUAUUUGUUUUCUCAAAGACUGAGCUCCAGUGAGAGAAGUCUGCUGUCUGUUUACACCCCAAAACACCUGAGGACCUGCAGCUAGAUAUCCACUGACCCCACCCCCAACCCAAACUCUGCCCACUCUGCCCCGCAGCCUUCC